UAAAAAUAUUUCCGGUCUUCUUCAACCUUUCUCUCACUAAAACGUAGAGAGGGAAAGAAGACCUUUUUUGAGAUCAAAGAAAUUAAUAUGGGUAAUUGCGCUAGUGAACCCAAGACCAAGGGUGAUGAUGCUGCUGGAGUCCCAGCACCCGAGCCCAAGACGGAGGAGUCGGUCCAGGGCAACGAGGUGAACCGCGAGCUGCUUCAGGAGGAAAACAAGGCUGAUGAUGGAGAUGCUCAGCAAAACAACGAUGCUGAUCAUAACAAGCAACCCUCUCUUGGGGCCUUGCUCAAGGAGGAAGAAGAAAAGACAGCUCAAGUUGCGGCAAAGCUAGAGGAAGCCGAAGAAAAGGCAAAGACGACUGAAAAGAAAGAGGAAGUAGUGGUUGAGCUGGAGAAGGCAUCUGAAGCAGCACCAGUUGCAGUUACCCAAGAAGACAAGAAAUCUGAUAUUGAGGAGAAGAAACCAGAAGUGAAGGAGACCACACCAGAAGUGGAGGAGACCAAACCAGAAGUGAAGGAGAUUAAACCAGAAGAGAAAGUGACAAAACCAGAAGAAAAGGAUACAAAACCAGGAGAGAAAGUGACAAAACCAGAAGAAAAGGAGACAAAACCAGAAGAGAAAGUGACAAAACCAGAAGAAAAGGAGACAAAACCAGAAGAGAAAGUGACAAAACCAGAAGAAAAGGAGACAAAACCAGAAGAGAAAGUGACAAAACCAGAAGAAAAGGAGACAAAACCAGAAGAAAAGGAGACAAAAGAGGAAAAGAAGGAGCAAAUAUGAAGACCUGCUAAGGGAGUCACUGUGGGCCUAUAAUUUCUACUACAAGACUUUAUAAAAAUUUUGUGUGUUUCCAAAUGAUUUGAAGAGAAAGCUAUUAGAUUGGUUGGGGAAGAAUGAGUCUCCUUUCUUUGUUUUGGUUGUAUUUGCUGGUUUAAAUAUGGUUUUUCUUGGUGAAUCUUUUUAGUAUAUUUCACAA